AUGCCCAGGGUGCCAGUUUUUUUCUCAAAGCAGCAGCAUGUCUCGGCUCAGGCCCUGCGAACUAUCCCUCCAUCCUGGCCAUUCGACUGCUGGGGACUCGACUCGGUGGGACCACUCAAGGCGGCAACAGGCGGCUACACUCAUAUAUUCAUCGCCAUCGACAAAUUUACCAAGUGGAUCAAGGUGAAGCCGGCCUCAUCUAGGUCAGCAGCUAAGGCAGCCGAGUUCAUUGAAGAAAUAAGACACAAGUUUGGAGUGCCCAACCGGAUCAUUACAGACUUGGGCUCUUCCUUCACCGGAUCUGAAUUCUGGGACUUCUACCAGGAGAGCUGCAUCGACAUAUACUAUGCCUCCGUGGCUCACCCACGGUGCAACACCCAGAGAAGUCGGGCCACUGGCUACUCCUUCUUUUUCAUGGUCUACGGUUUUGAGGCUAUCCUCCCGACGGAUAUCGCCUUUGGUGCCCCGCACACCCAGAACUACGACCAAGGCGAGGCCGAAACAACUCGGCGAACCGAUCUCGACUCGGUCGAGGAGCACCGCCUAACGGCAGCCCUCCAGCACGCCCAGUACGAGCAGCAGCUUCGUCGUUAUCACGACAAAAACAUCCAACAGCGCGACUUCAACGUCGGCGACCUUGUACUCCGAUGGGUCCAGUCCCCCGGAGGCAAGCUAACUUCCCCAUGGGAAGCCCCCUUCAUCGUGAGCAGUGUAGUCGUCCCAGGAACCUACAGGCUCCGGCGCGAAGAUGGAACGGACGUGGGCAACCCAUGGAACAACGAGCACCUUCGUCACUUCUAUCCGUAG